AUGUGGUCUGAGUCUAAAUCUGACACUGAGGUUAGAGAAUGGAGAGAGAUUCAAGGUUUGGGAGAACUGCUUGAGGACAGUACAAGUGGUUUCACAACUGCGAGUGAGUUUGUCAUGGAUAACUAUGGUGGGAAACUUUUAGUUAUGUGGAAAUCGUCUUUUGACAAGCAGGAAAACAAGAUUUGCUUCGACUGGAUCUUCAAGUGCUCGUUCAAGAGGGAGAGUGUUUGGUGUUCCAAAAACUUGUCAUUGUGGAGAACAAGUGAUGGAAUUGAUUUCAAAUCAAACAACAAUCCGUAUAGGCGCUACUUUCGUUGCGGAUAUGCUGUAGCUAGAAAGCUUGCCAAUGAUAAUCACACAUUCAAGUGGGUUGAUGAAGCUCAUUUAGAUGAGAUAGAAGCACUGAAAUCAAAAACUGCAAGACUUGAGGAGAAGCUGGAAGCGGUUACAAGUGAGAGGAUGAAUGAGUUUGAGAAGAAGUUAUUUGAGAGAGUGGAAGAGGCAUUGGCCGAAUCAUCAUCCAUGACAAAGAAAAUGGUGAUUGUUGUUGUCAUUUCGUGUGUGGUCAUGGUUGGGUUUAGUAAGCUCUAUUAG